CUCACCAACAGUAAACAAGCCAACUGCAUUGAGUGCGGUUAUUAAAUGGUAUUUUUCCGGGCCCUCCCUAAUAAUCGUAAUGGUGAUCAUUCAAUAUUAUGGGUAUACAUAUCCCCACCUAUGAUCUAUCAUUAAAACGAUGUUUUAUCAACGAGAUCUCCAAAUUAUGUCACCAACUGGCCGUUCGUUUUAACAAAUGUGGAGAGUGCUAAUGAAAUUUCACCAGUGAGCAAUCACAAACCUCAUAAUGUUGAAAAGUACAAAACUCAACAAUGGACUUUAUUUUUGGAUAGAAAUAAUUCUGUAUCUUCCACUAUUUCAAGGUAGCCACCAAUUAGUGCCAGCAGCGAGUCAAGAGGGUUCCCUCCACGUAUUUAAGACCUACAGCGAUGUCGCAAUAUUUCACUACACUGUUCCUAAGGAGGUGCAUCGGGCCACAUGGCAAUUCGCAGCUUUCAUGGACGGUAGUAAUUGCAUCCCCCGAGAGGUCAACAUUUACUUGCAAUGGGGGAGUUAUCCAAUCAUUUCAGUGGACAAUGCAUCAUUCCCGACCACCAUGAAUACAGAGAGAAAUGACACCAUUAUCAUAAAAACUCUGACAACAUUCGAGGCGGAAACAACUGUGGUUAUGCCGAUAAAUAGUCCCCAGCCCGGCGAAUGGUAUGUCGGUGCCUACAUGAGUUAUUGGGAUGAAAAAGUACAGCAACAAGGACUUGGGCACAAGUGUCACUACAGCAUUGGUUCAGUGGCUAUAUGGCAACAGGUGAAUGGCAUCCAGAAUGUACCUAUCGAACAAAAGUACAUGAUGAGAACUACACAGCCCUCGAACUAUUACAAAAUUUUUAUUCCUUCUGGCACAUGGAGCUUUAGAGUCACUAUCUGGGGAUGCAAAUUCCAGUUACGAUUGGGCAACAUCACUUCUGACUCUUGUAUCAAGGAUGUGGCGAUCCAGGGACGUGCUCUCCCUGUUAUCGAUCACACGAAAUCCUCCCUAAACCUCGCUGUUAAUGGAAGUUAUACUUUUGAAGAAGUUACACCGUUUGAAGAUAGUUAUUAUUAUAUACUGGUGGUUUCUAAUAGUAUAGUUGAUUUUAAUAUCAAAGUUUCGGUUUCGGAAUGUCCAGUACAAAUUACUGAAAGUACCUUAACCCGUCAGUGGGCGUCCAGCUUCAACACGAGCCUAGAAUAUAAUUCGCCAGGAUUUUCCAAAAAUUUGAUACCAUUCGAAGACGCAGAGAAUCUAACAAGUGAUUCAUGUGCUCGACGGUUUCAAUUAAUACGUGUAAAACAGCUCCCGACAUUUUCGGGUGUUUUCUUGCUCCAAGGGAGGGAAUGGCUGACUCCAUGGAUUAUGCUGACUGACGCCAGUCCAGUCAUAGCUCAAUUCGAUAUUCUUCCACUGAUUGACAUUGGUGGAUCACUUACGAUUGGCAUCCACUUGGAGAUUGAUAGUGCAUUCAUGAAGCAAACAGUGGUCGUUUUUGUGUGCGUGAGAAGGGGACGAGUGCCAUGGAGAAAGAAAGGAGAGAUAUUCUGUGAUGAUGACAAGAUGAUGAUGAGACUUGAAACCAAUGGGAAACACGAUGGAAAUUUGUUGAUACCGUAUCCACAACCGGACACGUGGUACAUCGGACUCCAAGCCAGAUGUUUCAUUGAUGGGAACCCGACAAACUGUGAGGUGGGAGAAAUCCUAGUGUCUCUCGACAUAAGAACUCACCAAUGUGUCUUCCCGGGGUCUCAUCCGUGUGGUCAUCACGGUGUCUGUGAAGAGAUUCAUCGUAACUUUAUUCACUUCACAACGUGCAACUGUUUCGGUGGUUACAAAGGCUGGGGCUGUACAGACUCGACUAAUGCAUACCAACAGCCGUCUCUAGUAUUGUCAUCCUUCAUGCUCAUACUCACCGAUUGUUGUGAUGCCGUUGUACCUUCGAUAAUGGAUACCCACGUAUUCCUCGGGCCAAUCGCCCAUACGAAGGAUAAUGGAGAGCUCGAGAUUUUUCAACAUGGAAUGCUCCUUGUAAAAGCUGGAAAGAUCGAGAGUGUUGGAGAAGUUCAACCAAACACCGCGCUAACCGUUGAUAAAGUAACUCAGCUGAAGAAAGGACAGUUUCUGAUUCCAGGAUUCAUUGACUGUCAUAUUCAUGCAGUACAAUUGCCAAAUAUAGGAAUUGGAUAUGAUAGACCUUUAAUGGAAUGGCUUGAGAAGUACACAUUCCCUUUGGAGAAAAAAUACUCCGACGCAGAAUUUGCUGAUAGAGUUUACGAUUCUGUAGUUAAGCACACGUUGAAUGUAGGUACAACGACUGCUUGCUACUUCGCUUCAAUGAAUGGAAGAACUUCAGCAAUUCUAGCAGUGAAAGCAUUGAAGCAUCGACAGAGGGCUUUCGUAGGAAAGGUCAACAUGAAUGCAUUUCGGGAUGACGGGUAUUGCGAGACGACUGAAGAGUCUAUACAAGCAACAAUAGAAUUUGCUACCGAUGUCAUCAGUUUCUCCGAUCCACUGGUGCAACCGAUAAUAACUCCAAGAUUUGCCCUCAGUUGUGAUAUGGAUCUGUUAACGAAACUGGGCGAAUUAGCACGUACUGAGGAUCUGCACAUACAGACACACGUUUCGGAAAAUCUAUCGGAGAUUGAGUUAUGCAAAAAGAUGUACCCAGAAUGCCCAAAUUACACAAGUGUCUACGACAAGGCUGGUCUACUGACGAGAAAGACCAUACUCGCUCAUGGAGUCCAUCUGCAAGACGAAGAGUUGGAAAUAUUGAAAGAGAGAGAGACCUCAAUUAUUCACUGUCCAACGUCAAACACGUGUCUUCGUAGUGGUCUCUGUGAUGUUAGAAGGCUGAGAUCUAAAGGAAUAAAUGUUGGAUUGGGUACAGAUGUGGCCGGAGGAAACAGUCUAUCAAUGCUUGAUGUAAUGAGAUCGGCUAUUCAAGUGUCAACUCAUCUCUCGUUCGAUAAAGAAGAAUAUGAACCGCUCAACUACGUCGAUGUGUUUCAUAUGGCCACAUUGGGUGGUGCCAAAGCACUGGCGAUAGAAGACCAAGUCGGCAACUUUACACCUCAGAAGCAAUUUGAUGCUCUUCUGAUUGAUACAAAUAUUUCUCAGGGUUCACUCCAUGAUUUUUCUGAAUGGACUGUCGAACAACAGCUGCAGAGAUUCAUUCACUCUGGGGAUGAUAGACACAUUGCUCAGGUUUUCGUUUCUGGUUAUCAAGUGAAAUAACAAUUGGGCAGGAAAUGUUUAUCGCAAAGGAUUCAUUAUUUUUUUAAAUCAUACAUUUAUGCACGCAGAACAUCUACUCAAUUGGGUUUAUUCGACUGACGGAUUUGCAUAAGUUCAGUUCAUUAAGGCACCACGGGAUCAUGGCGAUUAAUAUUAAUAUGCUUUAUACAGAGAUGAGUUCCAAGUUCCGAAAGAGAAUUGUGAAGUUUCAGCGAAUAAUUUGAAGUCCAAAUCCUGAAAUUUCUAUGUAUCUACAAGUAAUUUUUUUAAUCUAAGAUAAAUGUAUUUGAAAUAUAAGUUUGCAACAACGAAAUGGGCAUGAAUAUUUUGGAUAUGAAAAUAUAAUUCUGGUAAUUACAAGCAACAAUUCUGCACUGCAAUUUA